GCAGCCAAAGACCUGAACUGUGACGUUCAGGAAGUAGCAGAUAAAAAAGCUUAAAGUAGGAAGUGUUCAGAGUUUGGAGCCACAUCCUGAUCACAUCAAGAGACGAAGCUUCACUCCACAUCCAGAGGAAACAUGGACCAAACAGCUCUGAUGCUGCUUCUGUGUCUCUGCAGCUCAGCGCUGUCUGAUGAACUCAGACUGGUAGCAGGAAGGAGUCGCUGUGGUGGCAGACUGGAGAAGAAGAAUCGGGGAGACUGGAAACUAGUGAAAUAUUGGCAGUGGAACUUGAACUUUACAUCAGCAGCUGCAGCUUGCAGACAGCUCCACUGUGGAUCUGUGGUGUCGUUACAAAGAGAUGAGGGCGACAAUGUAGAGAUCGUCUGUUCAGACUCAGUCAGGCUGGUUCAAGGGACCAACCGGUGCUCAGGCAGACUGGAGGUGAAGACCGACCAGUCGUGGUCCUCAGUGUGUGAAAAACACUUUGACCUGCAGGAUGCAGAGGUGGUCUGCAGGGAGAUUGGCUGUGGGCCUCCUUCAGUCCACCAGGGGGCGCUCUAUGGAGAAGCAGAGGCUCCAGUGGGGAGCAGAGAGUUCCUGUGUGAAGGCAGUGAGUCUGCUCUGCUGAACUGCAGCAGCAGGAAGAGUUCAGGUAGAAACAGCUGCUCACCUGGUCAAGCUGUUGGACUCACCUGUUCAGACAACAUCAGGUUGGUGGGAGAGGCCAGCCGAUGUGCUGGGAGACUGGAGAUGAUACAUCAAAAAGAGUGGAGACCAGUGGCUGUUUGGUAUAGUUACUGGGACAUGAACUCAGCUGCUGCAGUUUGUGCUGAACUGGACUGUGGUUCUGCUGUUUCAGCAAGAAAUUCAGAGGAAGCUUCAGAGAGACCAGUUUGGAGGAUCAAGUCUGACUGUUUCCAGUCAGGAUCUGCAUUAAAGAACUGUUUACCUCAUGAUGCAAUCAAUGAUCAGAGCCAUGAGUUCAUCUGCUCAGGUCUGCUGGUUGAGCCGCUCAUCUUCCUCUCUUCCUCCACUGACGGGGUCUCCACAGGCAGAAAGCAGGGGUCUGAGCUCCUCAUUGGCUCAAAUUUCAGCAUCAUGUGCUCCAUCAGACCUCAGUAUGAAGGCGGCUCCUUCCAGCUCAUCUUCAGCACCUCUAACUACACUCAGAACCAGACCCUGCCAGCUGUUAAUCACUCCGCCCUCUUCCUGUUCUCUGCUGCUGGCCACGCCCACCAAGGAACCUACCGCUGCGUUUACCACGUCUACGUUUUCUCCUAUAACUUCUCCUCUAUCAGCCAGCCUCUCAACCUCACUGUCUCAGUUUCAGCCUCUCCCACUGCUUUGAUCAUCAGUCUGGUUGUCGUCCUGCUGGGUAUGCUGGGAUCAGUCCUGGUCCUCUACUUUAAGGCCAGGAGAAACCAGAAGUCUGGACCAGAAAACAACCAUCAUGAUGAAGGAUCCAGAGCUGAAGGCAGCUUAGAGGAGGAGACUGCAGUCUGAAGGAACCAGGAGAAAAUGAUCUUCAUUUCACAUCCGCAGGAAGGAGCAGAGACCUGUUUCAGACUCCUGGAAAUCUAUCCGUCUAUGUAUCUAUGAUAAAAUGUCUCUGUGCUCCUGCAGCAGGAAGGAAUUUCAACAUUCAGAAAUUUGUAUCUGGACUAAACCUACUUAAGUUAAACUUAUAUAAGAAGGGAACACAAAACAAAACAUUCAACAAACAAAAUAUAACAGAAAACCCACUUCAUCAAAAUCUGAUCUACAUCAACCUUGCAAGGAUAGCAUAUGAUAGGAUAUUUGGGGUCAAAGGUCAGGUAGCCAAUUCCAUCAGGCCCUGAACCCAGCUUGUGUCCUUGUCUUAGUUGGGGUUCUGAAUUGUUGUGUGACUAAUGUAAUACAGUUGAUCCUAGCUUGUAA